AUGGCAGCUGCUUCAUUGGAGCGAGACACGAACUCUAGUUUCUCGAGCAACCACACAGAUUUAAUCCUGAAAGCACCGCUCAUUUGCAGCAACGAUGAGUCAUACAAGUACAUCAUCUUACCCUUGUGCUACUCUAUAACCUUCUUACUCAGUAUCGUCCUAAACUCCACUGUUCUCUUGCGCUCCUAUCGCAGUGGCCGCAGAUGGAAUACCUCACUAAUUUAUAUGGUCAACUUGGCCUCCACGGACCUAAUGUACAGUUUGUCUCUGCCACUCCUGGUGGCAAGUUAUGUUAUGCAUGACCAUUGGGUGUUUGGGGAUUUUAUGUGCAGGCUGGUACGCUUCCUCUUUUAUUUUAACCUCUACUGCAGCAUCUUUUUCCUCACCUGCAUCUCUGUGCACCGUUACAUGGGCAUCUGCCACCCCAUCAGAACCAUCACGCUGGAGAGCAAGCGUGCCGCAAAGAGCACAUGCGCUAUGGUCUGGGUCGUGGUGUUUCUGCUCACCUGUCCGAUUUUUCGUUUUGCUCAAACUGGCGACUUGCCCAGAGUAGACAUAAAUGGAAAGAACGCAACAAUGGGAAAUGAAGUGGACUUGGAGAUGUAUAAGAACUGUUUUGAUGUUGCAACAGACACUGAAUUCUCGGAGUACAUUCCAUAUGGAAUUGUUCUUCACUUUCUGGGCUUCUUUGUUCCCUUUACUGUCAUUGCGUGGUGUUACUCACAGGUGGUUCGAACCAUCUUUCAAACCUUGCACACCCAACCAUACGUACAGGAGGUCGGUGAUAAUGAAAGGGGCCCCAACAAUCAGACCUCAAUCUCGAUCUCGAUCUCUUGCUCUCAGAACGCACCAUAUAUCAGCAGGCGACGCAAGUCCAUCAAAACAAUCGUUGCCAUCACCUUCUUGUUCGCGCUGUGCUUCCUGCCAUUCCAUAUCACCCGGACGCUGUACCUCAUUCUUAAACAGAGAAACGCAGAGUGUCACACCAUGCACGCUAUCUCUGUUUGCUACAAAGUCACUCGACCCCUGGCGUCGUUCAAUUCAUGGCUCAAUGCUCUGCUCUACUUCCUCACUGGGGACAAUGGCAUCUCUUGCUGUGGACUGACAGAAACCAGUCAUCACAUGCACCAUGUCUGGCCAUCAAGGGCUAUUGGAGGACCGACAAAGGAUGUAGUAGCUAAAAAGGGAGAACAAGGUGAAAAACAUACAUAUAAUCAGAAGAGAGCCUCCAAAACUUCAGGAAUCACUCAAAAGACUGUGAGCAUAACCAAACCCUGUGCAUGGUGGAUUUCCUAUGAACUAUCAGUGUCUGAAUAAUACUGAUCAUUAUUUAUUUUGUUAACUUAAUAUUAAAAGAGUGAUAAGAGAAUAAUAAUUCUCUGUGCUGAUGUAGAUGUAUUUUAUUACCUUCCUGCUCAGUACAUGGCUAUUUCUCAGCCUGGGAUAAAAAUGUUAUUUGCAUCCUGCAUCGAGACAUUCUAAUCUUGUGACAUUUUAUUACUUUCCAUAAUUGUUGUAAUGCUGAGACUGCUUUGACUUUAAA